GGAUAGUAGCUCUCCAGGACCGAAGUUGGAGACCCCUGAUAUACAUUAUAUGUUUUAAUCAUGUAAUGAUUACACUAUUGCAAAUUUAUUCCAAUUCUUCUCCCAAUGGGCAGCAGCAGUGGGUCUAUAGACCAAACCUGUAUGUUCAGGUCAGUGUUUGGGUCGCCUCAGUGUGUCUGUGUGUGAGGUGCUGAAUGAGGAGCUGCACUCACUCCGCUCUCUCUCAAACACACACACACACACACAGUAGGUCAAUGUAGUAAAAAGAAAGUACCGUACCUGAGCUGCUGUCAUUGAGCGCAGAGCGCUGGCUCUCCACAAUCCACUGGGGGGACAGGAAAUGCCUGCUUCCAAGUUGGCCUUCCUUAGGUGGGGCAGGGCCUGCGCAGGAACAACAUCACUGGGAUCAGAGGGCUGCAGGGCUGCGCGCAGGCAGACGUGGGUCUUAGAUGGCGUGGAACAGUAACGGCAAUCAGGCCUGCGCUACCAGCACCUUCGCCUGCAACUGGUCCUUCCAGCUGGUCAUCUCAUUCACGACAGUAAAAGAGACAGGUGGUCCACAGUAUGGCGGAGGUGAAGCUCAUGACGAGCAGCCACAUGACCCUGCAUCUCCACUGCGGCUGCCCCCUGAGCCAGGCCACAGGCCGCAGGGCCAGCCUGUACACGCAGACCAAGGCCAUACUUAGUGGUUGGUACUGACAGACCGGCUGGCCCAGAUGCAGCACAAUCGCCAGGAUCCACUCAACAAUGGCAGAACCCUGCAUUAUAGGCAAGUCCUACUGCCAAGUCCCACCUGGGCUUUGAAGCAGGAGCGCCAGAGCAGUCGCAUACCCUGGGUCGUUAGGUAUGCGAUACUCAGGACACACAGCACCCCCCAGAGGGCAUGUCAGGCAGUGCUGACGGUCCAGCAUGAGUCUUUUGGCAGUUUUUGUUUUUUGAUUGCAGUGAUAGAUUUCUAUCAAAUGGAAUUUCCCCUUGUGAGCACUGAAAAAAUGCCCCUCACAACGUGAAAAUAAUGGAUUUUUAAUGUAUAUCUAACCCACAAACACAUAGUGUUUCGCCAUUCUCCCUAAAGAUCAGGUUUUUGGUCCAGACAGCCCCCUCACCCCCACCCAUACAGUCCUGCAUAGACGUCCGUACAUCCACCUUUACUUAGGGGCAUGUCAGACUGUUCACAAAAACAUCUAUAGUUUACCCAUAAUUUUCUUUCUAACCUCUACAUCACUGCUCCUAACUCACGACCUAUUUAGUCUGGGUUAGACACCAUGCUGACCGCGAGCCUGUACAGGAUAUGCAGAUUUAGAAGGUGGGUGGGCUGCUUAGGGAGCAUCACAACAUGUUUCCGGGGGGGGGGUCAUUAUCGCUUUUGAAGAUCAAGCCCACGACUUAUCGUGCUUGAUGACUCAGUCAGGUGUCUGCUUGCACUUACUGAGAAGUGAGUCGGGGGGGGGGCAUACAAGGGAAGUGGAGUCUAUUCAGCAGUCACUCUCAUCACUGUACAACUGCACUUGCUGUCAGCACUGCAGUCCAGGGCUGUUACUUCUUUGGUUGGAUUGACCAUAAUCUGGUGGCAGACGCACACACACACAGCGGAGUGUCUUCACCCCCACUUCAGUGUGCGUCGUAUGUUGAGGUGAGGACUUGUUUGAGGUGAGCAUUAUUUUUAAAUAAUAUUCAGAACACUGCAUAAAGUAUUAAUGACUGAAAAAAAUGGCUUUGUGUCAUUUGUGGUAAUCUCCCCUCCCCUCCAUGUCCCAUCUAGGUGUCAGUGUGGGGAAGACACAGCAUGCAGAGAGACAGCGAGUGAAGUCACUUGUCUUUACUGCAACAAUGGAACUGGGACACAAAACAGCCGUUGGACUCAUGACAGUGCUGGUGUGUGUGGAAGCUGCUGUGGGCUGGUGCACAGUGUCCCAGCCUCAGGAAUUCCGGGCCACCGACGGGGACUCCCUGACACUCAACUGCACCUUCCAGGUGCCAGACGAGUCUAGGGUUCGAGUGACCUGGUCUCAUAGUAAUGGAUCCCAGGCAGGCCGUGUGCCGGUGUCCACCAAGCUUUUCUUCGUCAGGGAAGAAAAUGAGACAAGGGAGAAGGACCCCAAAGAGCUGUUGUAUCAAGAAGUGGGACACAAUUGGUCCAGACUGACUCUAAGGAAUGCUAGCUUCAACAAUCGAGGAAUGUACUUCUGUGAGGUGACAGUGGAGAUUCCACACCUAUACCAAUGCUCCGGCAAUGGAACGAAAGUUAUAAUUGAAACACUGUCUACAGCUACAGAGGGUGAAAUACGUCCAGGCUGGAAGAUCUGGGUGGGGGUGGGAGUAGGAAUGGGGACUUUUCUGUUGACUGGCAUGAUGUUGGGAUUGUCCAUCUACUGCUGGAAGAAGAGCCCCGAAGAUGUGACCUAUGCCAACAUUCCACGUGCUCGUCACCCCUUCAGUCAAGCUCAGUCCCACAGCCACGUACCAGACCACAGACCAAGUCGGGCCAGCUGCCUCAGCCGGUACCAGGACAAUCCGUGUCAUGCCCCAAGCCCCAAGUCCCUGGAGGUCCUCACCGAGCUUGGGGGGCGGAAGCCUGUCCAGACCAGCAGCCUAAAAACACAAGCCAACAUCUGCUUGUGUUAAUACUGUAUGUGUACCUAAUUUAUAAAUAAAUACAUUCACACACA